CCCGCCGCUGGGGGGCGGCCUCCGCCCCGCCGACCCCCGACAAUAGCGCAGGGGUGGGGAGCGCGCGGUCCCGGAAACUUUUCUCCGGCGCCUUCGCCGCCGCCGCCCGCGCCCGGGAGCGCGCCUUUCUCUGGCCGCGGUCGGUGCGCUCGGCCGGAGCCGCCGUGGCGGAACGGAACCCAGAGAAGGCGGCGCUCGGGGCUGCCCGCGGCGAGGGAGGCUGCGCCCAGUCACCGGCCCCGCGGAGAGCGCCCAGCCGCGCCAUGGGGGAGGCGCCCAGCCCCGCGCCCGCGCUCUGGGACUGGGACUACCUGGACCGCUGCUUCGCCCGCCACCGCGUCUGCAUCUCCUUCGGCCUGUGGAUCUGCGCCUCCUCCUGCUGGAUCGCCGCCCACACGCUGCUUCUCUAUCUGAGAUGUGCAAAGAAAUCCAGACAGGACCAGUCGGCGCUGUGUGCUGCGUGCUGCCUCCUGACCAGUCUGUGUGACACUGUCGGGGCUGUUCUCGCCAGACAGCUCACAAUCCAGGUUUUCACUGGUGCCUACCUAGCAGCUGUUGACUUAGUGAACUUUAUGUUCAUUCUCUUCCCAGUCUGUGGAUCCAAAUUCAAGUCUAAUUCAGAUUGGGAAGCCCGAGAGAGGAAGAGGAGGCGGCAGCUCAGGGCCAGUGUGUUUGCCCUGGCCCUGCCGCUGAGCCUGGGCCCAUGCUGGGCUCUCUGGGUUGCUGUCCCAAAGGCUUCAGCCACCAUCCGGGGGCCACAGCGGAGGCUGCUGGCGAGCCUGCUGCAGGAAAACACUGAGAUCCUCGGCUACCUGCUGGGUAGCAUGGCCGCCUUUGGCUCCUGGGCUUCUCAGAUCCCCCCUCUCUCCAGAAUUUGCCGGGGGAAGACAUUUCCUUCCAUCCACCUGUGGACUCGGCUCCUCUCGGCCCUGGCUGGCCUCCUCUAUGCCUCGGCCAUUGUGGCCCACGACCGGCAGCCUGAGUACCUGCUGCGGGCCACACCCUGGUUCCUGACCUCCCUCGGCCGCGCGGCGCUGGACCUCGCUAUUAUUUUCCUUUCGUGUGUGAUGAAGAGCAAGAUGAGACAGGCCUUAGGAUUUGCCACUGAAUCCAGAGAGAGCCCUGACACCCAAGCGCUUUUGACCUGUGCAGAGAAAGAGGAGGAAAACCCGGAGGCGAGAAACGAGGACAAGAAUUCGGAUUGGGUGCCUAUCACCACACUGUCACACUGCAAGUCACUGAGGACAAUGACAGCAAUCAGUCGCUACAUGGAGCUGACCAUUGAGCCUGUGCAGCAGGCAGGCUGCAGUGCCACCAGGCUGCCAGGUGACGGACAGACAAGCGCUGGAGAUGCGUUGCUGCAGGAGCCCCCAUCGUACCCUCCCGUUCAGGUCAUCCGGGCCCGAGUGUCUUCCAGCAGCUCCUCUGAGGUCUCCUCUGUCAACUCCGACCUGGAGUGGGACCCUGAAGAUGUGAACCUUGAAGGCAGCAAAGACAAGGUGGAGCUGCUCGGAUCCUAGGUGCACCGGGACUCUGGGAGGACCGCACACCUGAGUGAUGAUGAUUAACGCCUUCUGGAGCCGGCUCUUCAGCUCCGAGCCCAGGGUCAGGAGUUUGUUGAGUAACACAGCAGGAAUCAAUCCGCACUGACACCGUGGCAGGAACUGAAGCUGCCCUGGAAAGUGAGGAACCAGGAGCCAUCACUGAGUGUGGCUGGUCUACGUGUGGCUGGUCUACGUGGAGCUACGACUUUGGGAACUGCGGACAGACCUGGAUAGGCCCAGUGUUUGUUCUGAAGAUUACAAGUUCACAGACAGCUCUUGCUUUGUAAAGAUAAUCCAAAGGACAUUAGACCCGCUUUUCCUUUUUCCCUUUAUUCCCUUGAGAGUCAGCCAUAAACAGAAUACCUGCUAGGUUCCAGGAAUGAGUUCACCUAACAAAUAGCGAAUGUGUUUGGUUGGAUCUCAGCAGAGCUCAUUCUGCAAGACCUGGCUGAGCCAGAUGAGAGGGGUGGGGCCUGUGCUGGGGAGCCUUGGGUCACACACAGGAACCAAGACCUGGCUUCUGCCCCCAUCACCCACUUGAGUUAUCUGCUGAAAGUUAUAGAUAGGACUGCGUGGCCAGCCAAGUGUUUGUGAGAUCACUGACACUGCAAAAACAAAGCAAACUGCUCCGGGUACCAGGACUUCCUCCAACCUAGCAAGGUGUGUGCUGAGGUGGGGUUUGCAGGUGAGGGGUCUGUAUGCUUCAGGAACUAAGUAAAUGCUUGCAGAGGAUAAGAGGCGUGAUGGGAGGUGUUCAAGCACAGCAAUCCCAUUUGGGGGUUAUUUUGAUACUGCGAUGAAUGAGGGGAAGGGCGCACAGAAUGGGGCUAAGGUGGGAGCAAAGAUGGGUGAAUAAAUUUUUUAAAUAAAUUCAAGUAUGUCA